AUGAUGCAAAAGAAAGAGAAGUAUAUAUUAUGGCAUGAUUUGGAGAGCAUUGGAAAUGGUAUACAGAUAUCAUGGGUAGUAGCAGGAGACUACAACUGUGUUCUUAAUCCAGAUGAGAGAAUUGGUUCCAUAAUUAGACAUCAAGAAACAGAUAGACUACAGAGGUGUGUACAAAGGUAUGGUCUGCAGGACAUGGCUAGCACUGGUAAUAAGUAUACUUCGAAUAAUAAGCAUUUUAGUGAAAAUCGUGUGUUUUGUAAGCUUGACAGAGCAAUGAUAAACCAGGAGUGGCUAGAGUACUUCCCUACAGCUAUGACUCAUUUCCUCCCUAAAGGGCAAUUUGAUCAUAGUCCUGUUGUGAUUAUGAUAUACCCUAAUCUGGUGAUAAGGAAACACCCCUUCGAGUAUUUUAAGAUGUGGAGUUCAGCACCAAAUUUUACUGAGCUGAACUUGAAGCACACAAAACAAGCUUUGAAGAAGCUAAAUGCAGCAGGGUUUUCUGAGAUUCAGAGUAAGGAUAUAGCAGCUUAUCAUAAAAUGAUCACCUGUCAAGAAGAGUUGCAAAGGAGUCCUCAUGAUGAAGUUUUAAGGAGUGAAGAAUAUCAAGCUUGCAUGAGUUAUAGGCUUAUUCACAAAAGUUAUCUUGCUUUUCUAUCUCAAAAGGCAAAGAUGAGAUGGUGCAAAGAUUGUGAUGAAAACACAGCCUUGUUUCAUGAAUCAAUCAAGGCUAGGAAGCUCCAGAACACAAUAUAUGCUAUAAAUGAUAUGAAUGGAUCGGACAUUGCACAGGAGUUCAAGGAGGCUCUUUUUUCCAUCCCAGGUGACAAGAGUCCAUGGCCUGAUGGAUAUGGGACACACUUCUUUCGAGAUGCAUGGGAUAUACUUGGAGCAGAAGUCACCCAGGCAAUACUGGAUGUUGUACAUAGUGGUAAGCUUCUAACUGAACUGAAUGCCACAAUUUUAACACUCAUUCCUAAGGGUGAUCCCAUAUCACCUCUUCUCUUUGUAAUAUGUAUGGAGAAUUGGUUGAGCUUAUCUGUUGUUCACAAGACCUUUCAAAGGCAGAUUCACUACAUACAAAAGAGUAAAAGAACAGGGGUGCAAAAGAAGUUUAUUGCAGCUGUGUUCAGUGAUCUGGUGUACCAGAUAUGGUGGGUGAGAAAUGAAGCAAUCUGUAACCAAGUAGUCUGGAGGCCUGAGGUAGUAUUUAAGAAGUUGAAAAAUAUUGUACAGCUAAGAAUUAGGCUUGUUCUUCCAAAGAAAAUCAGCACUAGAGAUCAAAUGUGGAUAGAUAGGAAGUUGGAAAAUAUAUAG